UAUAAUAGCAUUCUUUAUUUGCUCUUACAAAUUAAAGUAAAGUCAAGUGGAUACUCUUUUUAACUUUCUUCCCAUUUUUAAGGGUUGACUUUGAGGAAGACGAAGAACAAGAAGUGAUAAACAGAAAUAAUGUUACGCCAAUUUUUGCAGGAUCUUGACUAGAUGGAUCUGAAGCUCUUGAGUCGGGAUUGGGAUCAUGAGUCUUACCCUGCUUUUUCUGAUUUAUGGGUCCUCAUCUUCUUUGCUCCCUUCUUCCUUUUUCUUCGCUUAAUCCUCGACAGAUUCAUAUUCGAGAGGGUCGCUAGAAGACUGGUAGUUCCUAGAGGACACUAUGGUGAUUCAAACGAGAGAAGAAAGAAGAUAGUGAAAUUCAAAGAAUCGGCUUGGAAAUGUUUGUGCUCUUUCUCUGUUGAAGCUCUUGCUCUCUACGUCACCUAUAAGGAGCCAUGGUUUAAAGACACAAGAUGCUUCUGGUUAGGACCAGGGGACCAGAUAUGGCCUGACCAAAAGAUAAAGUUGAAAAUGAAGGGAAUGUAUAUGUUUGUAGGAGGGUUGAAUGUAUAUGCCUUUUUUGCUUUGUUUUUUUGGGAAACAAGACGAUCUGAUUUCAAAGUCAUGUUAGUUCAUCACAUUGUAACUUCAUUCCUCAUCAUCUUGUCUUACGUUUUCAGAUUUGCUCGUAUUGGUUCUGUAAUAUUGGCUCUUCACGAAAUCAGCGACGUGUUUCUAGAGAUAGGCAAGAUGUGCAAAUACAGCGGCGCAGAAGCCAUGACUAGUGUCUCGUUUGUCCUAUUCUUCUUGUCGUGGACCGCUUUGCGACUCAUCUAUUACCCUUUCUGGAUAUUAUGGAGCACCAGCUACGAAUCAAUAAAAGUGAAAAUGGAGUACUGGGACAAGAAGAAUUUGAUGGAAACUGGACCAAACCUUAUGGUCUUCUACUAUGUCUUCAACACACUUCUUUAUUGCUUACAGAUUCUUCACAUCUACUGGUGGAUCUUGAUAUAUCGUGUGCUCAUAAGCCAAAUUCGUGCCAAAGGCAAAGUCGCUAAAGACAUUCGUUCUGAUUCUGAAGGUGAAGAUGAUGAACACCACGAUUGAUUUAAGCAGCAGUGAUGUCAACCUAAUAAAAAGCAUCGUUAUUUUCCAAUUGAUUAGCGAAGUGUAACAUUUGAUAAUCAAUAUUAUCUACUUCAUUACGAUUUUAUAAAUGCAGAGAGGACAUAAGUAAUUCAUGAUCAAAUAAAAUAAAUUAACUGUUGCCAA